AUAAAUAAACUUGUGAAAAUGUUGCAAAAAAUAAAUAGCUUAUUACGGAUUACUGGUUAUGGUCAAAAACUAAGCACACGUUAUUUAAAUUUUGUACCUGUCGUGGUUGAACAAAGUGGAAGAGGAGAACGUGCAUAUGAUAUUUAUUCUCGUCUUUUAAAAGAGCGAAUAAUAUGUCUUAUGGGUCCGAUUACAGAUAAUGUUUCCUCAGUGGUUAUAGCUCAAUUACUUUUUCUUCAAUCGGAAAGUAGUAAAAAUCCUAUUCAUAUGUACAUUAAUUCACCUGGCGGAAGUGUAACAGCAGGACUGGGUAUUUAUGAUACUAUGCAAUAUGUCCUACCACCUGUUGCAACUUGGUGCGUAGGACAAGCAUGUUCAAUGGCGAGCUUACUUUUAGCUGCUGGAGCAAAGGGCAUGAGACAUUCGUUACCUAAUGCUAGAAUUAUGACUCAUCAACCAUCUGGUGGAGUAUCUGGUCAAGCUACAGAUAUUCAAAUUCAAGCCCAAGAAAUAUUAAAACUUAAAAAACAAAUUAAUAAAUUAUAUGUUAAACAUACUGGAUUGGAUUUAGAAAAAAUAGAACGCAGUAUGGAAAGAGAUAAUUUCAUGAGUCCUUCUCAAGCUAAGGAAUUUGGAAUAAUAGAUAAGGUACUUGCACAUCCUUUACAAGAGGAAGAAGAAAAUCCAUCUUUGACAACAUUGUCAGAGGAAACUGUAAAUGCUACUAUAUAAACUUAAUAUUAUUUUAAUUAAAUUGGAGGCGUAUGUGAACACUGUAACUUUAUAUUUAAAAAAAUGAAUUUAUCAAUAUUUAAUAAUAAUAAUAAUAAUAAUA